UUUUGCUCUGCUAUCUGGGAGCGCUCAAUUGCAGGAGAAGGACCAUCAGUCCCCUCUCUGUGUUUGCUGUCAAUGGCUUUCUGGACUUAUUUUAUUUGAAUGUCUGGGCUUUUUCAACACCAAUAAUGGAUAUUCUAUGGAUAUUAUGGAGCAUACCGGCCGUGAUAGCUGUUGAAGAGAUGCUCAUGGAUUCCACUACAGCCACGGCGGAGCUUGGCUGGACGGUCUAUCCUGUGUCGGGGUCAAGUGACAAUAGUUGGGAGGAGGUCAGUGGCUACGAUGAACACAUGAACACCAUCAGGACGUACCAAGUCUGUAAUGUCUUUGAUAGCAAUCAGAACAAUUGGGUACGGACAAAAUACAUCAGACGUCGUGGUGCACAGCGGAUCCACGUGGAGAUGAAAUUCUCUGUUAGGGACUGCAGUAGCAUCCCGAAUGUCCCAGGCUCCUGUAAAGAAACAUUUAAUCUAUAUUACUAUGAAUCAGAUUCUGACACAGCCACCAGAACAUCCCCGGCAUGGAUGGAAAAUCCCUGGAUCAAGGUUGACACCAUUGCGGCAGAUGAGAGCUUCUCCCAGGUGGACCUUGGAGGAAGAGUGAUGAAGAUUAAUACGGAGGUGCGAAGUUUUGGCCCCGUGUCAAAAAACGGCUUUUACUUGGCCUUUCAGGACUACGGCGGCUGCAUGUCACUCAUCGCAGUCCGGGUCUUCUACAGAAAGUGUCCUCGAAUCAUCACUAAUGGAGCACUGUUCCAGGAGACUCUGUCUGGAGCAGAGAGCACCUCACUGGUGGCUGCAAGGGGUGUUUGUAUCCCUAACGCAGAAGAGGUGGAUGUUCCCAUAAAACUUUACUGCAAUGGUGAUGGAGAAUGGAUGGUACCCAUUGGGCGCUGUAUGUGCAAAGCCGGGAAUGAGGCUGUGGAAAAUGGAACCGUUUGUAGAGCCUGUCCUUCAGGAUUUUUCAAGCCUACUCAAGGUGAUGAGUCCUGUAUGCAGUGUCCCAUCAACAGCCGUACCACAAGUGAGGGGGCCAUCAACUGCAUUUGUCGCAAUGGAUACUAUCGUACUGACUCUGAUCCUCUGCAGAUGCCAUGCACAACUGUCCCCUCAGCUCCACAGACUGUGAUCUCAAGUGUGAAUGAAACCUCUGUGAUGCUGGAGUGGAUGCCACCAAAAGAUUCUGGAGGUCGUGAGGAUGUAGUCUACAACAUCAUCUGCAAGAGCUGUGGCGGAGGCCGCGGAGGGUGCACCCGGUGUGGGGACAAUGUUCAGUUUUUACCCCGUCAGCUUGGCCUGACAAAAAGUCGGGUGUACAUUAGUGACCUGUUGGCCCACACGCAGUAUACGUUUGAGGUGCAGGCUGUCAACGGGGUGUCAGAUCAGAGCCCCUACUCUCCUCAGUAUGCUUCAGUCAACAUUACCACUAACCAGGCUGCUCCAUCUACUGUGUCUAUAAUGCACCAGGUCAGCCGUACUGUGGACAGCAUCACCCUCUCCUGGUCUCAGCCAGAUCAGCCGAAUGGUGUCAUCUUGGACUAUGAACUACAGUAUUAUGAAAAGGAUCAAUCCGAAUAUAACUCUACCACCAUCAGAAGCCAGACCAACACAGCAGUCAUCCGUGGCCUCAAGUCUGGGAGCAUCUAUGUUUUCCAGGUCCGGGCCCGCACUGUAGCUGGGUUUGGACGCUACAGUGGCAAACUGUACUUCCAGACCAUGACGGAGGAGGAAUACAACACAAGCAUUCAGGAGAAACUUCCACUCAUCAUUGGCUCAGCAGCUGCUGGUUUGGUUUUCCUCAUUGCUCUGGUUGUCAUCAUCAUCGUUUGUAACCGGAGGCGUGGCUUUGACAGGGGUGAUUCAGAAUACACAGACAAACUGCAGCACUACACCAGCGGCCACAUGUCUCCAGGAAUGAAGAUUUACAUUGAUCCAUUCACGUAUGAGGACCCAAAUGAGGCAGUGAGGGAGUUUGCCAAGGAGAUUGAUAUAUCCUGCGUGAAGAUUGAACAGGUUAUUGGUGCAGGGGAGUUUGGAGAAGUGUGCAGCGGCAACUUAAAGCUCCCGGGAAAAAGAGAGAUGUUUGUGGCCAUAAAGACCCUGAAAUCUGGCUAUACCGAAAAGCAACGGAGAGACUUCCUGAGCGAGGCCAGCAUCAUGGGUCAGUUUGACCAUCCUAACGUCAUUCAUCUUGAAGGAGUGGUCACCAAGAGCAGUCCUGUAAUGAUCAUCACUGAAUUCAUGGAGAAUGGAUCCCUUGAUACCUUCCUGAGACAAAAUGAUGGGCAGUUCACUGUGAUCCAGCUUGUUGGUAUGCUACGUGGCAUUGCUUCGGGCAUGAAGUACCUUGCUGACAUGAAUUAUGUGCAUCGUGACCUUGCUGCUCGGAACAUCCUGGUCAACAGCAACCUUGUGUGCAAAGUGUCAGACUUCGGUCUCUCACGCUUCUUGGAGGACGAUACAUCAGAUCCUACGUACACAAGCGCUCUGGGAGGGAAGAUCCCUAUCCGAUGGACUGCUCCUGAAGCAAUCCAAUACAGGAAGUUCACCUCAGCUAGCGAUGUGUGGAGCUACGGGAUUGUCAUGUGGGAAGUCAUGUCUUAUGGAGAGAGACCUUACUGGGACAUGACCAACCAAGAUGUCAUUAAUGCUAUAGAGCAGGACUACCGGCUGCCCCCGCCGAUGGACUGUCCCAAUGCGCUGCACCAGCUCAUGUUGGACUGCUGGCAGAAGGACCGUAACAACCGUCCCAAGUUUAGCCAGAUUGUUAACAACCUCGACAAGAUGAUCCGUAAUCCGAACACACUGAAAGCUAUGACUCCUUUGUCUUCAGGGGUCCAUCUCCCUCUCUUGGACCGCAGCAUCCCAGACUUCUCCACCUUCAGCACUGUGGAUGAGUGGCUGGAUGCCAUCAAAAUGGGCCAGUACAAAGAAAACUUUGCCAAUUCUGACUUUUCUACAUUUGAUGUGGUGUCUCAGAUGACCAUGGAUGACAUCUUGAGGGUUGGUGUGACUUUAGCAGGCCAUCAAAAGAAGAUCCUGAACAGCGUCCAGAUGAUGCGUGCACAGAUGAACCAGAUCCAGUCAGUGGAGGUUUGACCCUCCUGAGAGGAGCUGAGGGGGGACAAAAGGUGUUGGGAGUCAGGGCUCUGGACGUGGAGAAUUGAGUGGAUUUUCUUUUUUUCCUGUGUGGCAUUGUGUCUGGUCUUCCCACCAGACUGCUAUCAAGCCCCACGUUCCCCUCUCCUCCUCCUCUCCCUCCUCCCUGGCUCUCACUCCAUGCUUGGGAUAAGUUGUGGAGAGCUGUGAUGCUGCAAGUCAAAGUGCUGAAGAAUCCAGGAGGCCCACAGCCAAACCCACCAUUAGAGUCAGAAACACGGGAGGUUAGAAGUGACCAGCAAAUUAGUUUUCAAUGUUCCACCAAUUUUAUUUGUUUCAACAUUUAUUACCCCCCGUUUUUGUUAAUUCUGGUAAUUUUGUAAAGAUUUUUUUAAAGAAAAGAAAAAAAUACUGAUAAGGAAAGGAGUUUAUCUAAAUUUAUAGAUGAUAUGAGGUUGUACACUAGAGAACUGAGUAGGAAAGCUACCCUUUAAAAGGGCAACAAAAGAAACAAAGGAAGAGUUGAGGAGAGGAUCUUCAACAAAGUGUGGAAAUUGUCUUGUUUUAAAUUUUGGACCGCAUGUGGAAACGCAGUGUUCUCUGUGGCCUUUUGGAGGGCAAAGUGGAACUGGACAUGCACGCCCAACUGGUACCACAGGUGAAGAAAAAAGAAAAAAAAAAAGAAAUGCAAACCAUGAAAUGGACGACUUGUGGCAUAGACUGAUGUUAAAACCACAAUCAGUGAAAUGGACAAAUCUUGCAGUGAAAUCAGCUCGACAGAAAAUGGGAAAAACUUUUCUCUCACUGAGAGAAAAUUUUUAAUGUUGAUAUUUUGUAUUGAAGAAUCCCUCUUACCAUGCUUCCUCUAACUAAAGACUAGUUUAUUUUUUUCACAGUGAAAUAUUCACAGUCUGCCAAAUAGAACUCUUCCCCUUCACACUCUAGUCAUGAUCCUGUGCUGUACAUAUCAGAUGCACUUGACCUGCCAUAACAUGAUGACUCAGAGAUAGUUAUUCUAGGCGAUUAGUUCAAGAGCUGAAGGAAUGACUACAGGUACUACAGGGAGGAUUUAAGUAGUCGUUGCCUCUAGCUGCAUCGUUUUAGCUUGUGCAAAAACUAGCAAAACUGACUUCCAACAGAGAUUCUUAGAAAAUGAUAAAAAAAAAAACAAAAAAAAACAGGUUCUACUGUUUACAUCAGACUCUACAUAAAGACAUAAUAAUCCAGUUACAGCAUCCUCCUUCAGGGUGUUUAUCUGAAGUGCCGUCUGUGCGUACUUGCAUAUGUUGCACUCACAGGCCACACACACAAAGAAAAAGGUAGCUUCUAACAGUGUCGAAUCUUGUGUUUGAUAGCAUGCUGAGUGAGUGGUUAAUUUCACAGUGCUUUGAUUUGCAGCGAUUAGUCUAGUACUAUAUUCAGUAUUCUUCCAGUUUUCCUGUUUAAAAAAAGGAUGUUUAUGCUUCAAUGAUUAAAGUUUUGAUACCACACAGUUGUUUUACAUUCACAGUCAUGUCACAGUCAUACAUUUGUUGAAUAAAAACUAAAAUGUGUACUACAUUGAUGCAAUUCUGGUAUGACUAUUUUUGAAUUUCUAUUGUUCCCAUGAGUUUGAAUUUAUUUUUUGUUACCAACUCUCGGGAUCUUCCUCCAUUGCUUUCCAUUUAUUUUUGAAGGACAAAUCAUGCACAAAACCAUGUAGAUAAAGCUUUACCUUGUAAAAGCUUCUGUUCUUCACAUGUAUGCAUUCAUUGUUUAUUAUUUUAUGAGGACUAAUUGUUACAUGAGUACAGAACUGCCAGUCCUGGUUUGUGUUGUUGCUGUUAACCUGUUGCAAGUUUUGUAAAAGGGGAGGUGGAGAUCAAGAAAACCCCGUGACUCUUCAGAGAUGGCAAAUCAGACAUGGGUUUAUGCACACAACCAAUAAAUGAUAAGCAGUAGUGCCGAGCUCCUGCCGGGCACUGCCCUGAGAGCUGACAGACAGACAUGGGUGUCCAGCUGUGAGCCAUCGGUCAGAUGUGUCUGGUCACAGUGGGGCGGCUGCACCCCGAUCACAGCUUUUCUGCCCAGGCACCGAUUUCUUCUCUCUGUCCUCCUGAUAUCACACAUGCCUGUCGACCACCUGUCAAACGGCGCCCUCUGAUCUACUCUUAGUCGGCUUUGGCCAGUUGUCUGGUUCAGUCUCGACGUGUUUAAAACGCAUCAGCAGCAGCAGGCAUAUUAACAUUCAACAGCGUAGCAGUUGUGUCUUGUCUUGUCCUAAUGGUAUGUGCCACUGAGAUUCCUCCAGACUGGACAAUGCUUCUCAUGUUUACUUGAACCAAACCUUCAGACGCUGACCUGAGUUUUCAUGUUCCCACUGCAGGCAGCUUUGGCACUAAACACUCUCUUUGGAAAAAAAAAAGAGAGAAACUUCAGUUACUACACCACUGUCAUCCUAUCUUACUUUAUCCCCAGCUGUCCGCCGACUUUAAAGCAGAGAGGGAUUGAUUUUUUUUUUUUUUUCCUCUGCAGCAGGAUACAUAAUAGCAAAUAUUGCCCCGGAAUUUUUUAUAAAACACUUUGUAAAAGUAGAGGGGGAGAAUUGAGAGCCACACAAAAUGCGGAAGCAAAGUGAGAGGCAGUACUGUGACCUAGAUGCCACCAAAGCUUAGUGUUUUUUCUGACCUUUUCCCACUUCUAUUUUUUAUUUCGCAGCAUGUACAAGCUCAUCAGUUUUGUUUUAAAAUGUAGCAUGUAUUCUCACAGUACAGGAAAUAUUCCGUCAUCAGGAAAAGCACUUAAUGUGCAAGAAAUUAAUUUGCAGUAUGCGAAAGGCUGGCAAGGUACAAUAUUUCUUUACUCCAGCCCCAUUAUAGCUCAUUCAAAGGCUUGUCUGUGGAUGCUGCCAAGACUUUGAGUUAUUAAUCAAGCAAUUAUUCUUGACAUUUGCUUUAAGGAACUACCUUAAAGAGGGUGUGGGUAAUCCCUUCUGCUUACUGUCUAUUCUUUUUUUUUUUUUUUUUUUUUUUUUUGCAAGGCAAGUACUUUUGCUGGUUUUGCAUUUGAAAUUUCAGAUUUGACAUUAUGAAAUUAGAAAAAAAUAAUUUGCAUUAGAAAAUUUUAAAAAGUAGUUUAAUUCUUGCAACUCUACAUUGUUGCAGUUUAAGGAGCACAUUGAACAGUGGGCCCCUUAUGUUUAAUUUAAGCAACUGAAUACGGAUUGUUAAAAUGUAUAAAAAAUGAGGUUUCUGAUUCAUCUGUGACACAUUUAUAGCAAGAAUAUUUCUAAAGGAAUUUUCACUGUAAUUAUUUUUUUAUUUCCUCUGAAAUGAGACAGAAUAUUUGAUGUAAGUCAAAUUAUUCCCUCAAACGACAAUGGAUAUCAAAAUUAAAAGAUGUAGUUGGAUAUUUUUAUUAUUUUAUGAUUACUCAGACAGUUGGUUAUUUGUAAAUAUAUAUAUAUUUAAAAAAGAUAAUUGUGCACAUUCUUUAAUUUACAUACAUAGUCUCCUGCUGCACUCAUUAAAAAGCUUUUUCCUUUUUCUGUUUUUUUUUUUUUAAUGCUUUUUGGCUGUGACGUCAACGGUUACUUUCCAUAUUUUCGAACUACGUUUUUUUGUAGCAAAACAAUUUGUUUAAUCUUUAUAUCUGCGAUCCAAAGCAGCACUAUUCAGCCUUCCCUUUACAGUGUGCCAUUUUUUUAAAGGACGGAGGAAAAGAGUAAAGUCUGAGUGUUGCAGUUACAUGAUAAACAUGAGCCGAUCCAUGUUAUAAAGAAGUCAGCCUCAUGUUGUGUAGUUUAACAGCUGCCAGCGGGAAGCAGCAUGGCGCCCUCUACUGAUGUGUUUCAAAUGUUCUUUGACAUUUUCAAGCCCAUUUAGUUUGUGAAUUCUGCAGCAGGCAUAUCUCCAGUGUUUUGGAGACUUGAGCAAGCUGCUGAUGGACAAAUACUGGCUGCUGCUAAGAGUAAGCCCGUGUAUUUUCCCCUGUUGAACAAACAUUUGUACCAUUACAGCGUCCUAGCACAUGUGUUCCCCUGUGUGACUGUGUGUUCCCCUCAGUUGCUCCUACCUGCCCCCAACAUUUACCCCAUCCACCAAAUACCACUCUGGCUCCUGAUUAGUGCAGUCAGGGGGAUAUCCCUGUUCCACUGAUCUGUUAAUGCCCACAUAAUAGACCAGUGCCGGUUCAGACCACUGUGACUGAUGUGGGAGAUCCUGUAUUUCUGUAUAA